CUGAGGGGCGAGGCGGGGCGGGCCGGGGCUGUCCCGAGACGCUAUAAAGCCCCGCCGGCGGCCGGGUGGGGGUCGCUACCCUGCCGGCUCGGUGACGGGAGGGCGACCGCCAUGGAGGAGCCCUUCGCGCUGCUUGUCAAGAGCCCCACGCAGCGGCACCCCGACCUGCGGCUCCGCGCCGAGCCCGCCUGGACCGUGCGGCGCCUCAAGGCCGAGCUGCGUCGCCUCAUACCCGAGGCACCGCCUGAAGAGGACCAAAGAUUGAUUUACUCUGGAAAGCUACUGCUUGAUCAUCAUUAUCUGAGAGAGCUGCUGCCAAAGCAGGAGGAAUUGCAUGCUCUUCAUCUGGUGUACAACCUCAAGACUCCUGCGAUUCUACAAGAAACCAAUGCAAAGGUUAAAACUGAUCAGCCAAAAGUAUUGCCAGAAGCUAGUCAAGAACCUUCUGUAUCUUCCUCAAAUGGUGAAAGACGGAGAUGCUCUUCUGCCAGCCAGUCUUCAGCAGAAGCUAGUACUAGGAUUGAAACAGCUCGGCAUCCCUUCCAAAGCGUGGCUCCUGGGUUUUCGGCUUACACAACUUACAGCAUGCUUCAGAUGUCCUGGUUUCAGCAGAUUUAUGCAAGACAAUAUUACAUGCAAUACUUGGCUUCUACUGCUGCAUCUGCUGACCCAUCCCGUACACAGCGUUCUCAGGAGAUACCAGUGGCACCAGUGACAUCCCCUGCUCCUCUCCCAGACCCAUUUCCUGCACAAAAUCAGCCUGGAAACAACAAUGUUGCUCCGCAGGUUAACCCAGCAGCCAACCAAAACCUACGAAUGAAUGCCCAAGGGGGUCCACUCAUGGAGGAAGAGGAGGAGGGUGGCAAUCGAGAUUGGUUGGACUGGUUCUACUCAGCAGCGCUGUUCUAUGUCUUUGUCAACAUCAUCUAUUUCUACUCUAGUGUUGGCAGAUUUCUCCUGGUUAUGGGCGGCACUGUUUUGAUGUAUCUGCAUUAUGUUGGAUGGCUUCCAUUCAGACGAAGGCCAGUUCAGCUGCUCCCAAACAAUGUUCCUCCUCAAGCUGCUGUAAACCAGGAUCAGAACAAUAAUUUACAGCAGGAAGAAAACGCAGGUGGAGUAGAUGAACCAGAGGCAUCUUCUGAGGAGGGACAAGUUUUACCAGAAUACCAGCAGGCCAGCCCUUCACUUAUGACCACAGCAUGGCUUUUUUUAAAGACUUUUUUUGCAUCCCUCCUUCCGGAAGGGCCUGGAGCAGUCCGCAACUGAUUUGACACUGAUCUACUUGUCUGAAGCUUCAGCAAGUUUUAAUCUACCUGAUUAAAUCAAAUUCCAACUCCAAAACAUGAGCAAAAAUGGAUGGCGUUUCCUCUGGUUUGCAUUGACCAAGCAAACAAAGCUGCAAGAAGCCUUAAGUCAUUACAGCAUAGAGACUAAGAUGUGCUGUGCUUCUUUUCAUUCCAAAGAACUUCAGUCUGUAGUGUGAUAGGUACCUAUAUAGAAACUUGGCAUUGUAAACCUGUGCAAUAAUGCACAGGCUGUAGCUAGGUGUGUACAGAAAUGUAAGAGAAGCACAUGGCUUCUUCCAGUGCAAUGUGAUUCCUGUUGGAAUGUUUCAAGUGCUAUUUAAAUUACACUGAGUGUAGUAUCUCCAAACAAAUUGCUAGAUAUGCAUUAGCAGAAUUUUUAGGAAAGAUUUAUUGUUACAUUGCUUCAAUAACAGUGCUUAAUCUUAAAUUGUUUUCUGUGUAAAUAUUUUUCCUAUGAAAGACAUACAGUGCAAUUUCCUUGUUUGACAAAGCAGGGAAAUGGAAGACGGUGACCUCUUGAUAAGCAGUUAUCUGUGGGUCAGCUGAGUUACAGGUUAAAUUUCAGAUUGUGAAAUUCAGAUACUUUAAAAUCGAGGUCUUACUCUUCUACUCCCAAAUCACGGGAGAAAAAUAAAUGCAUUCAAUUCUAGAUAUCAAAAAUUUAUUUAAUAUAGACUUUUUUCCACUGCUUUUGAUUAUAAAGUUAAAACAGUCAAGCUUUGUAUUCACCUUUGAUGCAUUUCCACUCCAGAGCAGUUUUUUUUAGUAGUUUCUUCAUUGUGUUGCUUUUCAUUUCUAAUACAGUUAAGACCUUCAAUAAAACUUGCAGGCAUUUAUAUCUAUAUUUGUAUGCACUCAACAAUCUGGAGCUUACCAGUGCAAAGUGCGGGCUGUGCUCUUGACUUUUUUUGUGGAAAAAUUGAGUUGCAUCCUGAGGUGAAAAGGAUGCUUGCAGAUAUUUAAACCCUGUCCCUUACCUAAAAUACUAAUGGUCACUGAAGAGUAUAUUCAGGUGCCUUGGGUGGGUUUCCAUGAGCAAACAAUAUGUGUAGGCACAAAGGUCAUGGACAUUCCUGAAGCAAGGAAUUCUGCAGACAUUUGGAAAGCUGGAAUUUGAUCCCUUCAGUGCAGUGUGACUUUUGUUGGCUUUGUAAUGCAUUAUCUUGGCUCAGGGAUUAAAUCUAUGUUCAAACAUGCUGUGUUUAGGGACAAUAGUCAUGAAACUCUUGCACCACUUUUCCUCAGUGCUGCUUGCUGAGAGAUGGUAAAACUCCUGAUUAAAAUGUCAAUGCUAACUUGCAUGAGUUUGUGUACAAUUAAUUUUAAUUGCUUAAUCUGUAAUGCCUGAUCUUGCCAUUUCAGAUUAGACUGACAUUAAACAUGGUUAGUUGGUGUUA